UUAUCGGCUUAUCACCCCCGUCGACUCGACUCCGAGCAGAGAGAGAGAGAGAGAAACAGAGAAGAAAGACAGGAUGCUGCUGCCGAGCUCCCCCUUCGUGUCCGUGUCCGUGUCGCCGUCGCCGCCGCAGUUCUCCUUCUCCCAGCCUUGCUAUGGCGCUCGCCCCGCGGCUCUGCGGAUCGAGGCGGCCAGGCAGCUGACGGGGCGGGUGGUGACGACCAAGGCGGACAAGACGGUGGGGGUGGAGGUGGUGCGCCUGGCGCCGCACCCCAAGUACAAGCGCCGGGAGCGCAUCAAGAAGAAGUACCAGGCGCACGACCCCGAUAACCAGUUCAAGGUCGGCGACGUCGUCGAGCUCCGCCCCUCCCGUCCCAUCUCCAAGACCAAGCACUUCCUCGCCAUCCCGCUCCCACCCCGCGACACCCGCCGCAAGUCCCAGCUCCUCCCGCCGCUCCAGUCCCAGUCCCAGGCCGGCGACGACGACGACCAGGCGCCGCCGCCCUCGCCCUCCUCCGAGUGAUUGAUUACUGCCGCCCGCCUAUGCAUUGGAUUGGAUUGGCUAGCUAGCUUAUUGUAAUGCCGUCGUAUCGUAUCAGCUCCUCUCCUCUCAAUCAAACGUCCAAUGCUUUGUUUAUUUGCUGCUUCCCAAUUCCAGUGCUCCUCCUAUUAUAUGAUCCAUGCCCAGAGAUGUCAACUUAGUUUGUCUGCAAAUUUUCUGUAAUACAAAGGAUUUCCUUUCAUUUUCAUUUCUUUGCAAUGCCAAGAUGGAUAUGUUCCGUUCCGCUUUA